AUGGCGGCGAUUCAAAGCGUUCUGGCGGAGCAUAAUGUGGCGGAUGCCCGAUUCGUUCUCGAGUUGCCAUCAACGGCUGGCGCUGCUUCCACUGUCUCGCCUACUGGCGACGCUGUCACACCGGGGACCCGGGGAGCGGGUAAUGCGUCAUCGGUGACCGCACCGAUCGACUCUUCUGCUCCGAGCACUGGAGGAGGCGUGACCACCACUACGCUUUUGAUGGGGAUGCAGGCCACCCCCGCUGCGGUCCCAACCCCUCCACCGGAGCAUCAGCUCCCCCCACCUCGCGCUCAGUCUCCUUCAAGGCGGCAGCGAUCUCCAAUCUCGUAUCACUCCGAGUCUCUCCUGAGGCAUGUUCUUCCGGCGCCAUCUACUUUGCAUUCAGGUUCUCCUCCGCUGAACGACAGCAUAAGCUCGCUGGGCGCCACGGCGCGCCCGGCGCCGUGGGCAGCCGCCGGCGAUGCGAGCGGAAAGCAAACGACACCAGGUGCGGUAGCGGUGGAAGGUCUCGCAAGCACCAUCCCCGCACAGCCGCCGACUCAGCCGCAUCCGCCAACUUCGAGGCGCGUUGUUGAUGGCAUCACCUCGGACAGCGCAGUGGCCGCUCUCGAAGACGAGGCGGCCGCAGAGAUCCGCCGCGUGUCGAACCAGCUCGCGCAUGAUAUUGCGGUCGCCGAGGUUCAAAUGUCGCGGAAGGAAAUUCUGCAAAAAUUUGUUGGUCGCAGCGUCAUCCUCGAAGAUAGGCGGCAGCGUGAGGCACAGCAGCUGGCUCAGGCGUCAAAGUUGCCGUGGAGCGGCACCCCGCAUCCGGCAGUGCCGUUCAAGGCGCAUGCGACUGGUGCGCAUACCACAGCACCUUCACAAUCUCCUCGCAGUCUUUCAGCAGCAGCUGCCAAGCCUCCUGCGCAGAAGCUCAGCGCCAACGCCACGAACCCUAGUGGCUCCGUGACGAGCAUUUUCUCCGCCGCCGUAUUAUCUCCCCCUCCCCCGGAACCACAGCAGCCGCAGCGUCGCAGCAUCGUGCGUCUGACCCCGCCAUCGGGAACCCCCGUCCGCAGCGGCGGCAACGGCGCCCGCGGCUCGGCUCUAUCGGAUAGCAGCUCCCUGCCCUCUCUUGUGUCGGCCAAGAAGUCCGCCGUGCCUGGCAGGACGCCUGUGUUCAGCAUCCUUAACAAGGAUGGGAGCCGCCUGCUCGAUCAAGGCGGCGUCGCGAACGCGCUGCGGACAUCGUUGCCCGGGGCGCCAGCUAAAGCAGGCGGCGCAUCUGUCGCUGCGGCAGGGGCGGCCACGAGUGGCGGUGACGCGAGAGAGGCGAGUCGGCCCAGCAGCAGCAGCAACAGCAGCAAUACUAGCAUCUCCCAUACCCGUCAAUCACGCCCCAGCAGCGUUUCCCUCCUUGCCGACGACCGCGCGCCGCCGUCGCCGGUGCACGAGCCGCUACUCGGUGUGGCUGCGAGGGAAGAGGCGAACCGACAGCGCAGCAUACUCAUGCAAACCCAGCCCCGCUCCCCCACGUCGGAGCCCCGACCGGUGGAGAGUGCCAUGAGCAGGGAUGAUAUGGAGGUGUUGCGGAAUAUGUUGUCGGAACAGAGCAAGAACAACACACGUCGCGCCUUGCAACUGCAGAGCCAGUCACGUCUCUCGCACACGACACAGAUGGCGACGCCGCCCGUGAUUGGAAAAAGCCAACCCAGCGCUUCCGGCACCUUUUCCACCGUAUCGCCUCCGCGCUCGCCGCCUAGGCCGUCUACUUCGGCUGCCGCCGCGCCUUCUCAGCCUUCUCUGCGUGCUAUGCUGCAGGAGCAGCAGCUGCUGCAAGACGCCAGUCGCCGCAGCAUGGAGGAGCACAAUCGAUUCAUGCAAGCGGCUCGAGCUGCACGGAUCCCAGCGCCCGCGUCGCCGAAUGCGUUCGAGGCAUCUAAGACACCGGCGGUGGCGCACGCGACAACAGCAGCAACCGGCGCCGCAGCUGCCGUACCGGUGACGGUGAAGGAGGACGACGCGGCGCACGGGAAAGCCGGCAUUGCCGCCUUGGGGCGAGCGUCGGCGCCGGGGCACAACACGGAGGACGCAUUCACGCCCAGCGCCUCCGGUAUUCAAGUUGUGAAGUUCACGCUUCCCCACGAGGAGGAGGCGCGGCAGGCGGCGGUGCAGCAGCUGUGUCGAAGUCCCUCAGGGACGCAGCACCUGGACACCAAGGAACGCUAUCGUGCCCUCCUAGCCGCGCAGCAGAACGAGUUCACUGAGCAGGAGGCGAGGACACAGGACUACAAGGUGCUGCUGAACCGUGCCGUCGAGUUCAAUCGCCUCCAGCAGCAGCAGCAGCAGCAGCAAAGAACGAAUCCGUCUUAA